AUGUCAAGUAAAGGAGAAGAGGCUAACCUCGCCAUGGUGAUCAGAGACCGCGAGACGUCAAGCGGAAACGUUGGGGCACUUCGUCUGAAGAGCUUCUUCAAUUCUUCGAAGUUCUCCGACUUUACUAUCAAAGUAGACGAUCGUGACUUCAGAGUCCAUAAGAUAAUUAUGUGUGGCCAGUCAGAGUAUUUCGAUCGCUUGUUCAAUGGCGAUUGGAAGGAAGUUCGCGACGAUGUGGUCGUGCUCAAAGAAGACGACUCAGGAGCGGUCGAAGCAAUGAUCCGCUUUAUGUAUGAGAAUGAAUACGACAGCAGCGGAAACAGCGAGGAACGAAUAUCUCCUAUGGUUUUCAAUGUGAGGGUGUACAGAGUUGCAGACAAAUACGGGGUCCCAGCACUCAAACAGCUCUCAAAAGAGAAGCUUGACCAUGCGGCGAACAUCUGCUGGGAUAUGGACGACUUUCCCCACGUCAUCACCGACGUCUACGGCACCUCUGAAUGUGAAGAACUUCGGGACACAAUCGCUCGCGUUUCUCACGAAUACAUGGAGGCCUUACUCAAGAAGGACAAGUUUUUGCGCGUUCUUGAGGAAACAAGCGGCUUUGCUGCUGACCUCGUUCGGCUCAUGGCAGCAGCGCACACUACACGAACCGAAUAUCAAUGUCCUAGCUGCGGGGGCACAUGGGAAGCGAAUUUUCUCCCCGGACGUCGUUAUUACUGCCAGUUGUGCGGCGCGAGCUAUUCGGACUGGAGCUCAUAUGCUGUGAGCCGAGAUUAA